AUGGCUACAUUGAUUGAUGAAGCAGCAGAGAGAACCAUGACUGAACUCCAAAAUGAGCCUUGGUAUCAUGGUGCGCUUCCUCUUGAAGAUAUAGCUGCGAUUUUACCAAAUAAAGGAGAUUUUCUUAUUAGGGAACUCGAGCCGGAAGAAGGCAGAGGGCCAAUGGUUGGUUUUCUUCUUACUCUCAACUUAAUAUAA